UUAUCAAUGUUCAGGAAUGUAAAGAACAGGGAUUUUGAGCAAGAGCUUGAAGAUGCAAAGGAUGGUGGUUUUCUUGUUUGUCAUCCGUUAAUUUUUAAAGGUCUUGAAAGUCGUAGGGAAUGUUUUGAACAGCACUUACAAUCGAUGUUGUCGGCCCAGUGUAUGAAUCAGGGCAAACACCUCUGCGCCUUAAUGGCUCACGAAUUUGAAACAUAUUUUGAAGAAGAAUCAAAUGCUUAG